AGCACUCUCGAAAUCGCUGCCUUCUCUCAUUCUGCCAACAUGCUCGAAAAUACCAUGGACGAGACGACACUGAAGCAAUACCUGGCGGACGACCCUCCGACCUGUGCUCCUCUCGCAAUUCGCCCCCACUUUGAGGCUCUCAAUCAACAGGAGCGGCUCUAUGCUCACUACAUCUCCCGAGCAGCGUUUGCAGGCACGAGAGUCAACCUCCGCCAAGUUUCUCCAGAGUCCGAAGAGAUCUACGACUUUAUCCUUGCGUUGCACUCUGCUUCCAAUGGCGACUGGAAGAAGCUUCAAUCCCAAGCUGGAAUCUCCGAUGAAGACCUGCAACAUUUUCUAAACUAUGCUGCCCAGUUCCUCGGAAACACAGGCAACUACAAGUCAUUUGGUGACUCGAAGUUCAUACCGCGAGUCCCGUCUGCCAGUGUCGCCGCGCUUGCCAAAGUGUCGCCCGAAGCUGAGAAGAUGUGGGGCUCAAUCCAAGAUGCCGUCUACGAUACCAGUUCCAUCGCCAAAUUGCACUUGGGAUAUCCAGAGGACGGUGCUGUAAGCACAUACUACCCGGAUUCCCCUGGCAUCACCACUGCGGAGAUCACAUAUGUUUCCGACUUCCUGAAAGACAAGGGCCUACUCCCAGAAAACACACGUCUCCGCAAAACCUCCUCCGGGGACUUUGAACUUCUCAUUGCCUCUGCAGUCACGAGUCCGGCAAUUCGGGACCUCAAAGAAUCAGAAUGGACACUGGAGGACCCCGUCAAGGGUAAAAAGCUCCGUCUCGUCUAUGGCGACCAUGCCAAGGAGAUGACCACCAUUUCGACGAAUAUCGACGAAGCGAAGAAGCAUGCCCUCAACCCCGUCGAAGCCUCGAUGCACGCCGACUACCUCAAGUCCUUCCAUGAUGGUAGCAUGCUCGCCCACGUCGAAUCACAGAGGCACUGGAUCAAAGACAAGGGUCCCAUGGUCGAGUGCAAUAUCGGCUUCAUUGAAACGUACAGAGAUCCUCAUGGACAAAAAGGUGAAUGGGAGGGCUUCGCAGCGAUGGUCAACAAGGAACGGACGAAGGCCUUCUCCAGAUUGGUAGAAUCAGCCCCCAGCCAGAUCCCAAAGUUACCCUGGGAUGCGAAUUUCGAGAAGGACAAGUUCUUGUCGCCAGACUUUACUUCGUUGGAGGUGCUGAGCUUCGCUGGUAGCGGCAUUCCGGCGGGAAUUAACAUUCCCAACCAUGACGCUGUGAGACAAAACGACGGCUUCAAGAACGUGUCACUGGGUAACGUGCUAUCGGCUGCUGCUCCGAAGGAGCCCACCCCAUUCAUCAGCACGGAAGACCAGGCGGUCUACGACAAAUACAAGAAUGAGGCAUUUGAGGUCCAAGUCGGUCUGCAUGAGCUGCUCGGCCAUGGAUGCGGCAUGCUCUUGCAGGAGACCGAGCCUGGUGUCUACAACUUCGACGUCAAGAGCCCGCCGAAGAGCCCCCUCGACGGCAAGCCGAUUAGCUCAUGGUACAAGCCUGGCGAGACGUGGGGAACCGUCUUUGGAGGAUUAGGCCCGUCGAUGGAAGAGUGUCGAGCAGAGUGCGUCGCCAUGAGUCUGUGCCCCGACUAUGGUAUUCUGGAGAUCUUCGGCUUCGGAAACGGCAAGGAGGACCUCCAUGGCGUGGCCGGCGACGUGCUCUACGUCUGCUACCUCCAAAUGGCGCGUGCUGGGAUCGCGGCAUUACAGUUCUGGGACCCCAACAGCCGGAAACAUGGCCAAGCGCAUAUGAAAGCUCGGUUCGCGAUCCUCAAUGUGUUCCUGUCUGCAGGCCCCGAGUUCUGCAAGCUUGAUUAUUCAAAGGACGAUCUCUCGGACCUUGUCAUCCGACUCGACCGCACCAAGAUCGAAUCUCACGGUAGAAAAGCCGUGAAUGCUUUCCUGCAGAAGCUCCAGAUCUACAAAGCUACUGCGGAUGUCAAAGCCGGCACUGAGCUAUACGAGGGUAUCACGACGGUCAAUGAGUGGUAUGCGGAGAAGCUGCGUCCGGAGGUGCUAAGACAGGCGAAACCGCGAAAGGUGUUCGUGCAGGCGAACACUUUCAAGGAUGGGGAUGAUGUCGUGUUGAGGGAAUAUGAGGCCACGCCAGAGGGCAUGAUCCAGAGCUUCGUGGAGAGGGGUUACAUCUGA